GAUGGCCUUAUGGCCAUUGAUUUGGAUGAUAUUUUAAAUGAUAAAUUUAUGCCCAUGUCGAUAUUGUAUGACAAGGGCACAAUAAAUGCAGAUGGAAUGUCCAUCGUUAAAAGUGAUCAAAAGCAAGUGUUUCCCAUCAGUUCGAAUGCGGACUUUGAUAGUGCUAUUCACUUGAUGCAAUUCCAUCGGAAAAUGAUUCAAAAUUAUAAGUGCAAUAAUUACAUAGCGAAACAGAUUCUAGCCGAUAUUGCACCGCACACACUACACAAUCGAUUGGGCAUCGCACACAAUUCAAGUGAAAUAGUUCAUCUGCCAAAACAUCGGCCCAUGUGGAAUAAUAACUUCGAUGACAAACUAUUCGAUCAGGGUUCAAAUGCAUACAAGAAUUGGCUGACCAAAUUGGCAUUAUUGGAUGAUGUUUAUAAACAGAUCAAAGCGGAUAAUUUGACGAUGAAAAAUUUAAACGAAACGCCACCAUUUCGACGUAUUGACGGGGCAUCGGUGAGUGGCGAUAACGAAUACGAAGUAGGAGUGGCCAGUGGAUAUGCGAUACAGCAUCCAAUUCCAUCUGGUUUCGUUCCACCACAAAAUCAUGCAAAUGAUAUCGAUUACGAAAAUUUUCACAGAUAUGCGGUGGCUGGUAAUAAAGCUGUUCCGUACAUACAAAGUAUAAACACAUUAUUUGAACAAAAUCAAAAUCCAUCGCACUCGCUACAUCAACCACCUGUAUUUGUACCCGAUGAAAACUCUGAUCUUUGGCCAAAUUCUUAUCCAAAUUUAUAUGCUAUCUCUCAUCCUUAUCACAAUCCACACGUUUUCUAUAGUGAACCAAAUGAAUUGCCACCAAUCAAAAAUGUUACGCACAGUUGGUGGUCAUUUCAGAAUUUAAAAGAAAAAUUUCAAUCAUUUUUUAAACACAAAAAUAAACAAAAUGAUGAUCCACACCAUUCGGCCAAUUUAUUCAAUAAUAAUCAACAACAAUUUCAGGGUUAUGAUGUUGGAGGUGACGACUAUGGAGUCAGCUAUGACAGCAGCGGUGGAUCAAGCAAAGAAAUGACACUGAAAAAAGUCUAUGAAUUAGCAUUGACGGCUAUUGCAUAUCUUGCAUUUGGAAUUUUUGUAUUGCAAGUGAUAAUGUGCAUUACAACCGUAAAAGCACAGACAGGUAGUACAAUGGUGAUGGCAGAGGUUCCAACUGAAACCGUUGAAAUGACUGAAGUCAGAGACGAGAUAAUAAGACGAAAAAAAAGAUCAAAUAUUGAAACAUCUUUUUCCGACGUCAAUGAAAUGUCACGCAAAGUCUUACAGUCAAUUGAAGCAGCUAUGGUGGCACCUGAAGACAAUGGAAAUUGUCUGAAACAGAUUCUUUGUCAAAAUAAUCAAUUUAAAAGCAUUUCAAUUAACCAAAUAUGGCUACCGGUUUGGGGCCUUGGAAUGAGCUGGUUAUCUUCACGUAUUACAACCGGACAAAUUAAUUCGCCAAUCAUGUUCGAGUGUCUGAAAGCACUUAUUAUUGGUCUUGGCGAUGGAGUGUGUGAAGAAAAUUUUCAAUGUGAUUCAAAUAUUAUUGCUAACAAUAGAAAAUUAACAAGACAAAUGCGUUCAACAAAAUAA